GGGCUCGCCGCCGAGCGGCCGCUAGUGGGUGUCCGGGGCCCGGGGCGGGGGUCCGGGCUGGGGGCCGGUGCGUUUCCAGGGCUUUCCCGAAGAAAAUGCACGCAGCGUUUCCUCUGGAUGACGGCCUUUGCUUUCCCUAGGACCCGGCAGUUAGGCUCUGGAGUGUGUUACUGAUUCAUCCUCUCUCUGCCUCUGUCAUCGCAGGUUUAAACUUAAACGAUCGCUCCCCGAGGAGGAGGGGACCCGCCGCGCGAUUGACAGUCUAUUCCUGCAGGCGCCGUCCCUCAGCCCCCACCCCACGGCCGGAUUCCCGGGGCUCUGCUCAGGGCUGAAACCGGAGAAGAAAUCCUUAGAUCUCUUUUCUUUACAACAAAUACGAACCUAGAAACCAUCGGCAUUUUGCCUUGGCGUCUCAUAUUGGAAAGAUGAAGAAGUUUUUCGACUCCAGGCGGGAGCAGGGGAGCUCUGGCCUGGGUUCAGGCUCCAGCGGAGGAGGGGGCAGCAGCUCAGGCCUGGGCAGUGGUUACAUCGGAAGGGUCUUCGGCAUCGGGAGGCAGCAGGUCACCGUGGACGAGGUGUUGGCGGAAGGUGGAUUUGCUCUUGUCUUUCUGGUGAGAACAAGCAAUGGGGUGAAAUGUGCCUUGAAACGGAUGUUUGUCAACAAUGAGCACGACCUCCAGGUGUGCAAGAGGGAGAUCCAGAUCAUGAGGGACCUAUCAGGGCACAAGAACAUUGUGGGCUACAUUGAUUCUAGUAUCAACAAUGUGAGCAGCGGCGACGUAUGGGAAGUUCUCAUUCUCAUGGACUUCUGCAGAGGAGGCCAGGUGGUAAACCUGAUGAACCAGCGUCUCCAGACAGGCUUUACAGAGAAUGAAGUGCUGCAGAUAUUCUGUGACACCUGUGAGGCUGUGGCCCGCCUGCAUCAGUGCAAAACUCCCAUUAUCCACCGGGACCUGAAGGUUGAAAAUAUCCUCUUGCAUGACCGAGGCCACUAUGUCUUGUGUGACUUUGGAAGUGCCACCAACAAAUUCCAGAAUCCACAGGCCGAGGGAGUCAAUGCAGUAGAAGAUGAGAUUAAGAAAUACACAACGCUCUCCUAUCGAGCCCCAGAAAUGGUCAACUUGUACAGUGGCAAAAUCAUCACUACAAAGGCAGAUAUUUGGGCUCUUGGAUGUUUGUUGUAUAAAUUAUGCUACUUCACUUUGCCAUUUGGGGAGAGCCAGGUGGCGAUUUGUGAUGGAAGCUUCACAAUUCCUGAUAACUCUCGCUAUUCUCAAGAUAUGCACUGCCUUAUUAGGUAUAUGUUGGAACCAGACCCUGACAAAAGGCCGGAUAUUUACCAGGUUUCAUACUUCUCAUUUAAACUGCUCAAGAAAGAAUGCCCCGUUCCAAAUGUACAGAACUCUCCCAUUCCUGCAAAACUUCCUGAACCAGUGAAAGCCAGUGAGGCAGCUGUAAAAAAGACCCAGCCAAAGGCAAGACUGACCGAUCCCAUUCCCACCACAGAGACUUCAAUCGCACCCCGCCAGAGGCCUAAAGCUGGGCAGACUCAGCCAAACCCAGGAAUCCUUCCUAUCCAGCCAGCCCUGACUCCUCGUAAGAGGGCCACUGUUCAGCCCCUACCUCAGGCUGCAGGACCCAGCAAUCAGCCUGGACUUCUAGCCAGUGUUUCCCAACCUAAAGCCCAAGCCACACCUAGUCAACCUCUUCAGUCAUCUCAACCCAAGCAGCCACAAGCUCCACCCACCCCACAGCAGACACCUGCUACCCAGACCCAAGGUCUGCCCACCCAGGCCCAGGCCACUCCCCAGCACCAGCAGCAACUCCUCCUCAAGCAGCAGCAGCAACAGCCUCAGCAGCCUACAGCACCUCCACAGCCUGCAGGCACCUUUUACCAGCAGCAGCAGCAGCCGCAGCCGCAGCCGCAGCAGGCUCAGACUCAGCAGUUUCAGGCAGUGCAUCCAGCAACCCAGCAACCAGUCCCUGCUCAGUUCCCUGUGGCAUCCCAGGGAGGCUCUCAGCGGCAGCUGAUGGCUCAGCAGGCUGCCCUACAGCAGAAGACUGCUGUGGUAGUACCACAGCCUCAGACACAGCCAGUCACAGCCCCACAGACAGCCGUUGCCCAGGAGCCUGGGCAGAUUCAAGCCCCAGCGAGACAACAGCCAAAAGUUCAGACAACUCCACCUCCAACCAUCCAGGGACAGAAAGUUGGAUCUCUCACUCCUCCAUCAUCACCCAAAACCCAGCGUGCUGGGCACAGACGGAUCCUCAGUGAUGUAACCCACAGUGCAGUCUUUGGGGUUCCUGCCAGCAAAUCAACCCAGCUGCUCCAGGCGGCUGCAGCUGAGGCCAGCCUCAAUAAAUCUAAGUCUGCAACCACCACUCCCUCCGGCUCUCCACGGACUUCGCAGCAGAAUGUCUCUAAUGCUUCAGAAGGCUCCACAUGGAAUCCUUUUGAUGACGACAACUUCUCCAAACUCACAGCUGAAGAGCUGCUAAAUAAGGACUUCGCCAAGCUUGGGGAAGGAAAGCUGCCUGAGAAGCUUGGUGGCUCUGCAGAGAGUUUGAUCCCAGGCUUCCAGCCAACACAAGGAGAUGCCUUCACCACUCCCUCCUUUCCUGCUGGAACUGCUGAAAAAAGGAAGGGGGGGCAGGCUGUGGACUCUGGCAUCCCACUUUUAAGUGUGUCUGAUCCCUUCAUUCCUCUUCAAGUACCUGAUGCUCCAGAAAAACUAAUCGAGGGACUCAAGUCUCCUGACACUUCUCUUCUGCUCCCUGACCUCUUGCCCAUGACAGAUCCUUUUGGCAGCACUUCUGAUGCUGUGAUUGACAAAGCUGAUGUUGCUGUUGAGAGUCUCAUACCUGGACUGGAGCCACCUGUUGCUCAGCGCCUCCCAUCUCAAACGGAAUCUGUGACCUCGAACCGCACAGACUCUCUCACGGGGGAAGACUCUCUGCUCGACUGCUCUCUGCUUUCUAACCCUACUGCUGACCUUCUGGAGGAGUUUGCCCCCAUAGCACUCUCAGCUCCCACUCAUAAAGCUGCAGAAGAUAGUAAUCUCAUCUCAGGUUUUGGUGUUGCUGAGGGCUCCGAAAAGGUGGCAGAAGAUGAGUUUGACCCUAUUCCUGUACUGAUAACCAAAAACACACAAGGUGGGCACUCUAGGAACAGCAGUGGGAGCUCUGAGUCCAGCCUUCCCAACCUAGCCAGGUCUUUGCUGCUGGUGGAUCAGCUCAUAGACCUGUAGCCGUGAGCCAGGAGCAGACACAGUUCUAUAACCUUCAUGCCGUAAUACACAUUUUCAUUACGGAGUUAUGAGAAAAAAAAAGAUUUUUUUUUUUUAAAUCAAGCUCCUUUCUCCUACCCCUUGCCUUCUCCUAUAGAAAUGAUAAGGAAAGAAAAAUCUCUGACCCUCCAGAUCCAUUCCUUGGCCGGCUCCUCUUGUUAGUUUGCUGUGUUUCCUCAUUCCCCAUCUUCAAUAGCAUUAUCUUAACUCAAGUGCUAACUGCCCUGAGCUUCACCUCUGCCGGAAUCCACUCACAGAAGCUUGACUGUCACUCAGCCUGUGAUGGACACUUUUUGUCUCAUUCUUGCUAGGAAUGGCCCCCAUGUCAGUCCUAUAGCCCGUCUCCCAAAUGCUGAUGAAUGUGUGUCCAUUCUUGCUUUUUAUCCUGAUGCAGUAUCAUGAGGACAUGGCAGCUAUGGCUGGUCUUACCCCCAGGCAGAAGUCUGGAGUCAGGUGUGCAGUUUAAACAGGGCAAAACCAAUAGGAUGUGUUUGUGAAGAGAAAGUGGGCUCAGCUCUAGCCAGCCAACUUUAUCCUUGUUUGAUAAUAGACUGAGCCAAGGGAUCUUGCACCCCAUGCAACCUUCUCAGUGUUUGUCUAGCUAUCUGGCUUCCAUUGAAUCGUGGUUUCUCAAAUCUGGAGGUGUGACUGCAAGCAUUUGAGAUCCUUGAAUAAAUGUGUAUGUGAUAUAAACACCAAGCAUUGCCAUCCUUCCAUGUUACCUGGCCCAAGCUGGGAUCUCAGAAUUAGACCAAAACAAGACAGUGGUGGGAACAUGCUACCUUUUUCUAGGGGUGGAGGGGAAGGGAAGGAAUUGUAGCAGAAACAGAUGUAUUUUUCUUGUGAUUUUUUUAUUUUGAAUCAAAUAUUGUAAAUUGUGUAUAAAUGAAGAUGCUGAAUAGUUCUGUUUCCACUUGGCAUUUCAAGUCUGACAUCAGGUGCCUGUACAGGGUUUGAUCUCUUUCCCGUGUAUAACCAUAUAACAGUCCUGGAGUGCUUAUUUUAAGUAGAGUUUAUGUCUUGCUCAAAGCUUUCAGCGGGCCUCUGUCUCUGUACACCCGAGCAUGUUGUUUAUUUUCAGACCAUCAGAAAUCAGUGUGCUGGGCACAGUUUGGCUGCCUGCUUACCUUUCCCUGGUGUUUAAGUUGAAGGCUGAAGCUGAUGGAGUAUGUGCAGUUGACUUUCCUUGACUUCCUAGAUAUCAAAGAUCAAACAAAGAAUAGUUCUUCACUCACCUUAGCCUGUUGUUCAUAGAGUUAAAUAAAGGCCCUGCACUUGCCCUACAACAUGCCUCCUAGAUACCCUCUGUGUACUUACAUCAAGGUGUGUGGAUAGCACUUUUGUAAAAAUCACCCUCUAGAAGAGGAGCAGGCACAGAGAGCUCCCUUCCUCGGGUACCGUCCCCCAGGGUUGGAAGAGUCCAUCAGGUCUGUACAUCCCAAAUCCUAUGGCUUGGUCUCUACUGUGAUGCUGCUCUUUUCUUGCUCCUGUUGCAUUUUAAGUGGUGGGGAACCAGCAGCAGCGCGAUCCUGCAGACACUGCCCUCUGGAGGGCCACCGUUGUCUCCAGCAAUGUGACAGCAGGAAGAGGGGACACUCAGUCUUCCUUCUGACUUUAAUACUUCCUGUGCCAACUGAACCUAGAUGAGCUGAGGAAAGGCCUCUGCUAGAAGAGAUGGUUUCCACAAGUGAGCGAGAUGCGAUGUGCAGCGAGGAUGAUGGAGAUGUCACGAAGAGCUCUCCACAUGUGGGCUGAGGGAAGCAGGACUUGGUUAACCCCUUGGUGGACAGGAAAUGGUUGUGUCCUCUUUCCUGGACAUAGAAAGAAUGUAUAAACUAAUGAAGGAAAUGUUUAUUUUUAAAUAAGGAUAAUGUUUUAGGUCUGUGUUUUCAUAUUUGUUUUUCUCAUACAAAGGUUAGCAAUAUAAUGAAAGUAGACAUUACUUUCCCAGUUUAAUUGCAGCUAUGAAGAGUGCAGUCUAGAAAUUAGGUUAAGUGUCUCUAAACUAUUCUUCCUGUGUCAAGCGUAAUUAUAUUGAGAUAUAUUGUGUAGUCAUUUGGCUCAAUAAAGCUUAAUAGAGACACUAAUGAAAAUCCACAGACUAUCGCUAAGGAAGAUGGUUAAAGCCUGGGUGAGACAGCAAGAGACCUGGGCCGGUUCUUCAGGAAUAAGCCUUCAGCAGGCAGGGCUGUUUUUCUGUUGAGGAAUACAUUCUAAUGACUUAGCGCAGCCUUCCUUAGAGCAGUAUCACCCUAAGCUGAGGGAGUGACCUGAGAAGAGCAUGGUGUGUGGUAACUGGAGAUGCAUGGAACGAGACUGAACUGUAAGGCACUGCACACCUGUUCAGUAGCCCAUUUACUUUGUCUCACUGGUAUGCACUGAGCUGGUGAAGGCAGGCUGGUGAGAGAGGGGGCCAGGGCAGCUCAGGCUUCUGGGACCUCAGCCAGACCCUGGCUUGUGACCUUGAACAUUCUACUCCUCAGAGUCUCCGUUGGCUGCUUACACAGGAUUCAUCUGGAUAGGUGCUUUGUGAGACAGCAGAAGCAUAGCGCCAUUGUGCUGCUUCAUUGUGUUUAGAAGGACUAUGAAGGGUUGUACAAUCCAGAUGUCCUUCAGGUAGCUUCUAUGCUCUUGCCAUUCCUGUAGCUUCUUCAGCAUUUACUCACAGAAUUAGAAUUAGCAGUUACUAACCUUAUUGCUACUUGCUGGAUCAAAAGCUUGUAAUAUUAAGUACACACAACCUUACCUAUUGCAGUUAAACAGAAUCCAGAGAUUUCUAUUAUUUCAAUCUGUAUAAUCAGGGAUUUGUUGUUUAAAAUAUGGGCAAAUACAAUGUGCAUAUUUUUUUGAUCUCUCUGAUAAGUGGAAGUAAUUACUGUACCAGAAAGUAUCACAAAUUGGUAUUUUCCCCCUAGAAAACCAAACUUAAUUUCUAAAGUUUCUAAAAAUAUGGUCCUCAAGAUAUUUUUUAAAUGAUCACCUCUAAGUAGUAGUAUUAUAAUUGUCACAAUGAUUUCUGAAGUAGACAUAUCAGAAAUGUUUCAUGUGGUUGAAUGUUCCCUCCAGAAGCAUCUGAUUUUGCUUGGGAAGUGAAUGGUGACCAUAGGCAGGCCAGUGGCAUGUGAGUUGUUUAAACUCUUGUUCUUAGACAUAACAUCACCAGACAUGAUAGCAAGGAUGUUGUUGCAUUUCCCGAGUAGCCUCGCUCACAGCAUAUUCUAUCCUAUCUGUUUUCCCCACACCUCUGCCUUUGAGUAAUAUUGAACUAUUCCAGAAAGCAAUUUCUAGAGAAGACUUCAUAGCCAAGAGGGAUCUCACCAUCACUCUAAGUAAGGGACAGUUUGCAAUCCCCUGGUCUUAGAGUAUUUAAAGAUAAUCCCUGAAAGAGGUUGUCACUUACAUUUCAUGUUGGACUUGGCUCUCCUGAUCAGAUCAGAAUUCUAGAACUUAGAUUAUUGAUAAUUGAAAAUUUGAUAUUUUUGUGGUUUGCAAUUCUCAUUCCCUAUGCUCCUCCUGAUAAGUGUUUAUUUUGAUGCAGACCAGUAUAGCCUUCCCCCAGGUGAUCAGUUCUGUCUUCAGCAGUACUGUGGGAGUGAGGAGACCUUUGAGAUGGGGCUGGGGCCCAUGCUCAGCUGAACAAAAGAAUGCCGUAGACCCCUUGGGUCAAGCUAAAGUCCCUGUGACAAGGCUCCUCUGGCAUCUGACAGGCUCUGCCUCCCGGCUCUGUAAGUUGAUCCACAGUCUGUCGCCCUUGACACGGAGAGUCUAGAGAAUGAUAAUAUCGCCCAGAACACUGCAGCAAUUGAGAGAGGCUGCUGACGUAAGGGUUACAGUGAGGUUGUUGAGUGAGACACUUCAGAUACUGCAGGCUGAUUCAUAGCCCUCUCUAGAGACUCAUUUUACCAGUGCAAAAUUAGACCUUUUCUUUCCGUGAUGAUAAUGGUUACCAAGUUGGAUGUACUUGGCUUUUGUGAUCUGAAUGAGUCCCAGUUGGCUUCCAUUUCAAAGAUAUCCUAUAUAGUUUCCCCUGGGUUUCCUUUCUCUAAAGGGGAGGGUUGAGGCCUGUUGGCUGCCUGGGUAAUGCUACCUUAUGCAGAGUUCCCAAAGGUUGGUAGGAGGGAAGUCCUUCGUUGCUUCUCACUAUAAUGCAGUGUCCCGAAUUCACUAUGUGUGGGUAUUCUCCUCUGCCCUGUUGUUCAUGCCUUUAUCACAUGGAUGGAUUCUUACCUUAGGUCUUUAACUUGUCUUCCCCAGGGAAGCUAAGCAAAGUGAUGUAAUGAAGCUAUCUUGUGCAGUAAAAUGUGAAAAAUGAAUACUGCUUCGCAAGUAUUGUAUAAAAUAAGUCUGUAAACAAAUUUCUUAUGUAAACAUACAGAGGAAUAAAGCUUUUAUCUGUUCAAAAA